AUGUUGCCAUUCAUGAAAGACUACGAGUUGGUCCAAACCAAAGAACUUUCUAAUCGAGGGCAUCCCGCGUCAUUCAUCGAUUUGAACGCGAUGUGUUGGGAACGAAUCCGCUCCCCAACAACUCCGGAAAACCGUAUAACCCCAGUUUAUUAUCAGUCUGGUCCGGACUCGGUGGUAUCUUGUUCGAGUAAACUGAGGGUCGUUCUGAAUAGUGAGGCGUGCAACAGACGUGUUUUGGAUCAGAUCGAACCUAAGAUAAAGCUGUGCUGUACUCGGAUCGUACAACAGUUACAAGGGACAAACGGUGAAGAGGCAAAGUGUACGGCUUUAGGGUCGAUUUUUGCGAAUUCUCGAGAGAAAACGAUCAUAGAACGCUUAACAGCCGAUCGUGCUACCCACAUACACAAGCAUGAGGUGGGUAUCAAUAGGAAAAGUAACUCAGCCUUGUCACAAUCUGGGACAAAUAGUGUUUCAGCUGCUUUCUUUUGGUCAUCCCGGCGUGUGGACCGGAGUUUGAACCAGCGCGGAUCACGGGCUCGAAUACCAUAUUCAAAACGAAAAGGGUGGAGCAUGAAAUCCAAUGCGGUGUUGCUCAUUUGA